AUGCCUCUCCCCUUCAGCGAACGCAUCUCGUCCACAAACAGCCACCCGCGCCUCCAGGACUCCGACGAUGAGGACGACCAGCUCAUCCCGCUCCUCAACCGCGGAAGAGCCAAGGCUACUACCAUCUGGCAGAACUUCCUCGACUUUGCCACGGGAGGCGACAUCCUCGGCAUCGCCUUGGGAUUGAUGAUCGCCUCCUCCUUCUCGGCCCUCGUCAACAAUUUCGUCAACAACAUCCUCAUGCCGCCCAUGUCCAUCAUCUUCCCCCUCAACCGCAACAUGGAGGAGAAGUUCGCCGUCCUGCGCGGCGGCCCCAACUACUCGCACGACAACAAGUACACGACCCUCGAGAGGGCCAAGGACGACGGCGCCGUCGUCCUGGCCUACGGCUCCUUCAUCAACCAGCUCAUCUCCUUCUUCUGCAUCGGCUUCGCGCUCUUCGGACUCGCCCACGUCUUCCAGCUCUUCUCCCGUGACCCCAUCAUCAAACCGACCGUCAAGUGCAAGUACUGCCGCAAGCGGAUCAGCAUCAAGGCGCAACGUUGCGUCAACUGCUCCAGCUGGCUGGAUGGCCGCGAGGACAGGCCUUUGAUGUAG